AGGGGAGCCCUUCUAGUGUUCAGAAGGAGGAACCGAGUCUGGAGGAGAUCUCCAGGCUCGAACUUUCUUUCUCUCUUCUCUUUAAGAUCUUUCCUCUCCUCUCAGGGCGGCUGCUGUUAAACUCUGUGAAAUUUGUCAUAUGAGUGUCAGGUAUUUCUCCCUGGCUUCCAAAAACAACAAAGAUAAAGAAAUCUGUCCGGAGCCUUUUCAAGGUGCUCUGCUGAGUUGAAGGACUUUCUGGAGGGUGGCAGCGAAACAACAGAGUGACAGAGUAAAAGAUGUCCCUGGCCUGCGGUCCCAGUGGCACAGCAGCUCCUUCCGUGCACUGAGAGCGUGAGCCCGUAGAGACUAUGCUGCUCCUGCUCAGCCUUGUGCUGCUGAAGAUUAGUUUUGUUAGUGUCUCAGCCCAGCCACGCUGGACCUGCCCUGAAGGUCCAAAUGGGACUUCCACCUGUGUGGGUCCUGCACCUUUCUUAAUUUUCACCCAUGAAAACAGCAUCUUUCGAAUCGACCCAGAAGGGACCAACCAUGAGCAGUUGGUGGUGGAUGCUGGUGCCUCAGUGAUCAUGGAUUUUCAUUACAAGGAGGGAAGAAUCUACUGGGUAGAUUUAGAAACAAAACUUCUGCAACGAGUUUUUCUGAAUGGGUCAAGGCAAGAGAAAGUAUGCAAUAUAGAAGAAAAUGUUUCUGGAAUGGCAAUAAAUUGGAUAAAUGAAGAAGUUAUUUGGUCAAAUCAACAGGAAGGAAUCAUUACAGUAACAGAUCUCAAAGGAAGCAAUUCCCAUGUUCUUUUAAGCACCUUAAAACAACCCACAUAUAUAGCAGUUGAUCCAGUUGAAAGGUUUAUAUUCUGGUCUUCCGAGGAGGCCGGCAGCCUUAGCAGAGCAGAUCUCGGUGGUGUAGAAGUGAAGAGUCUGUUGGUGACAGAGAAGAAAAUAACAGCGAUGUCUCUGGAUGUGCUCAAUAAACGUCUAUUUUGGGUUCAGGAAGGUGGAGAAGGAAGUGAUUCUCAUAUUGGUUCCUGUGAUUAUGAUGGAAAUUCUAUCCAGCUCAUCAAACAUCCAACACAGUACAGUGUCUUUGUGAUGUCCGUUUUUGGUGACCGUAUCUUCUAUUCAACAUGGAAAAAGUCAUCAAUUUGGAUAGCCAGCAGACUCACCGGAAAGGACAUGGUCAGCAUUAACCUCAAGCCAUCGCUCACACCACCUGGCCAGCUCAAAGUGGUGCAUCCGCUUGUGCAGCCCACGGGAGGGGACAAUGUACAGGACUCUGAGCCGGGGCGACACAAGCUGGACAAAACGCUAUGCGACCGCGGCGAGGACGGGCGAGACCCCGGGUCCCAGUCGUGCGCAUGCGCGGAGGGGUACGCGCCGAGCCAAGACCGGAAGUCCUGCGAAGAUGUCAAUGAGUGCGCUUUUUGGAACCAUGGCUGCACUCUUGGGUGUGAGAACAUCCCCGGAUCCUAUUACUGCACAUGCCCUGCAGGAUUCAUUCUGCUUCCUGAUGGGAAGCGCUGUCACGAAUUGGUUUCCUGUCCAAGCGGUGCAUCUGGAUGUAGCCAUGGCUGCGUUCUGACGUCAGAUGGUCCCCUGUGUUUCUGUCCUAAAGGCUCUGUGCUCCAGGCAGAUGGAAAAACAUGCAGUGGCUGUUCGUCACCCGAUAAUGGCGGCUGUAGCCAGCACUGCAUCACACGCAGCCCAGUGUCGUGGGAGUGUGGUUGCUUCCCUGGGUAUGACUUGCAGCUGGACGGGAAAAGCUGUGCCGCUUCAGGACCACAGCCACUUUUGCUCUUUGCCAAUUCCCAAGAUAUUCGACACAUGCACUUCGAUGGCACUGAUUACCGAGUCCUGCUCAGCCAGCAGAUGGGAACUGUUUUUGCACUGGAUCAUGACCCAGUGGAAAAUAAGAUGUAUUUCGCCCACACAGCCCUGAAGUGGAUAGAGCGAGCAAAUAUGGAUGGGUCCCAGCGAGAGAGGCUUAUUGAGGAAGAUGUGGACAUACCAGAAGGCCUUGCCGUGGACUGGAUUGGCCGUAGACUCUACUGGACAGACAGUGGGAAGUCUGUCAUUGAAGGGAGUGAUUUAAAUGGAAAACAUCGACAAAUAAUCAUUAAGGAAAAUAUCUCUCGCCCACGAGGAAUUGCUGUUCAUCCAAUGGCCAAGAGACUGUUCUGGACCGACGUGGGGAUGAAUCCUCGAAUUGAAAGCGCUUCCCUUCAAGGCUCUGGCCGGCUCCUCAUAGCUGGCUCAGAUCUGACCGAGCCCAGUGGACUCACUAUUGACUACUUGACAGACACCUUGUAUUGGUGUGACGCCAUGCGGUCUGUGAUUGAGAUGGCCAAUCUGGAUGGUUCCAGACGCCAGAGACUGGGCCAGGGUGAUGUAGGCCGCCCGUUCUCCGUGGCCGUGUUUGAGGACCACCUGUGGCUGUCGGACUGGGCCGCACCGUCGGUAAUUCGGGUGAACAAGAGGACUGGCCAAAACAGGGUACGUCUGCGAGGCAGCGUGCUGAGACCCGCCUCACUGGUUGUGGUUCACCCACUGGCAAAACCAGGCACAGACCCCUGCUUGCAUCAGAAUGGAGGCUGUGAGCAUGUUUGUCAAGAGAGGCUGGGAACCGCUCAGUGUUCCUGUCAUGAAGGUUUCAGGAGCAGCGCGGAUGGGAAGGGCUGCCUGGCUCCCACGAGUCAACAGCUGUCCAAUGGUGGUGAAGCUGAUCAGAGUAACCAGGUGACGGCACUGGACAUCUUACCCGGGAUGACGGCACCAGAAGACAGUGCUACAGGCUCUCAGCGCAUGCUGGUGGCUGAAAUUGUGGUGUCAGAUGAGGAUGAGUGUACCCCAGCAGCCUGUGGCGAGCAUGCACAGUGUGUUUCAGAGGGAGACCGGGCCAUGUGCCAAUGUGCGGAAGGAUUUGCUGGUGAUGGAAAGCAGUGUACUGAUAUAGAUGAGUGCGCAGCGGACAGAGCGGUCUGCCCUUCCCCCUCCUCCAAGUGCAUCAACACAGAGGGUGGCUACGUGUGCAGUUGCGCGGCUGGGUACCGCGGAGACGGGCUUCGCUGCCUGGACUCUACCUCAUCCAUUUCCCUUGGGGAAGAUGGCAGCGGUCUGGUCAGAAAUGCUCAACCGGGAUGUCCUCCCUCACACGACGGCUACUGCCUGCAUGGCGGAGUGUGCAUGCACAUCGAAUCACUGAACACCUACGCCUGCAACUGUGUCAUUGGCUAUGUCGGGGAGCGAUGUGAGCACCAGGAUCUGAAGUGGGAGCUGCGCCAUGCCGGCCACAGGCAGCAGCAGGAUGUGGCAGUGGCGGCCACCGGCGUGGUGGCACUGGUCCUCCUGCUCCUCCUGGGGAUGUGGGGGGCGCACCGCUACAGGAAGAAGAAGCUGGCACUGAAAACCCCAGAGAAUCCUUAUGAAGAGUCACACAGAGAUGCAAGUGGUGGGAGGCCUGCUGACAGCGAGGGGUCGUUGUCUUCCUGCCCCCAACCUUGGUUUGUGGUCCUAAAGGAAGAUCAAAAUUUCAGGAAUAUGAGUCAACCUGUAUCUGGACAUAAUGGCCAAAUGGCAGAUGUUGGCCAGUUUUCUUCUCUGGAACCUGGGUCAGGACAGCCAGCGUGGCGGACACAGGAGCUCUGCGCAUGCGGAGUGGGCACAGAGCAAGGCCGCUGGCUCCCGCUGUCCAAAGACAAGGAACCUGGUCCCCAGGUCACAGCGCAAAGCUUUCACCUCCCCUCCUACGUGGCAAAGCCCCUCGCCAUGGGGGUGCAAGAGCCUCAGGAGCCCAAACCUCCCCAGUCAGCUGACCCUUGAUGCCAGCAGAGCCCCAGCUCCGCUGCACCCGACAGCCGGAAUUAGAAGGAAGGUCAGGAACAAGCCGCCACGGACUGCGUCUUUGCUUUCAAGACUAGAAGAACUCUGCAGAUUUUGGAUCCGCAGUCUCUGUGACUAAUCACCUCCUCAGUGGCCAGAGACGGAUGCCAGCUGUGCUUCUUCCCUCCUCCCACGCCUGCCCACUGCAGGCUUACCACUGAGGAUGAUCGGAGGAUCCUGGGUCCUGGGUCAGAACAGCACCCCGACAGCUGCGCUGCUCGGUCCUGCUGUCUUCAGGGCUCCGGACAGAGUUCUGGUUUUUCACUGAAGCCUCAGAAGAGAAAUCUGGGGACAGAGCAGACUUGAGGCUUGUGGAUGUUUCAGUCAAUGAUAACUUCUUUCAGCUGGAUCGAGAGAACUUUUAGCUCAGUCUCAAGAGCUGGUUGGAAUACCAUAGUUACUGUUAAAACACCUUGCACGGGGCUGGGGAGAUACCUUGGUGGCACAGCACCUGCCUGGCAAGCACAACGUCCUGAGUUCAAUUCCUGGUCAAAACAAAACAAAACAAAAAACCCCACCUUGCAGCCAUUUGAUUUACCAUUGAUGUGAUCUCUCCUCAUAAUUUUGUAGAAAGAAUUGUGAUAAAUUGGUGAAAGGUUUAUUAAUUUACAGCCUGAUUUCUUCAAAAUUAGAUUACUCAUUUUCAUAUUUUAAAAAUCCUUGAAUGAAAACAUUGAAUUUUAAAAAUGUUUCCUUAAACUUUCAGUGUUUCUUAAUCACAGCCAUCCUUUCCAUCUCAGCACUCGCUGUGUGCGGGUAUGGGUGUGUUUGCACACAAGUGUCACUUAUUGUAACCAUGAGAGUACAAUUAAAUGUCUGAUUUAUUGUCCUGGCGGGUAUUAAUCAGUUUCACCUAAUUAUUUAAAUAAAAUCAGUAUAAAACAUCAA